AUGGAUCUCCAAAGGCCACACAGAGAGCUGAGGAGGAAGCACAGGAAACAACCCAGCCUUCAGUCCAAACUCGACCCUCUCCUACCACCCACCAUGUACUGCAACUGCUUCUCGGAAGGCAUCCGGGCUGCCCCUGUCAACUACUGGAUCUCAGGUCUGGCCUUCCCGGAUUGGGCCUACAAAGCCGAGUCGUCGCCAGGCUCCCGGCAGAUCCAGCUGUGGCACUUCAUCCUGGAACUGCUGCAGAAGGAAGAGUUCCGCCAUGUCAUCGCCUGGCAGCAGGGAGAGUACGGGGAGUUUGUCAUCAAGGAUCCAGACGAAGUGGCUCGCCUCUGGGGCCGCAGGAAGUGCAAACCACAGAUGAACUACGACAAGCUGAGCCGGGCCCUCAGGUAUUACUACAACAAGAGGAUCCUGCACAAGACCAAAGGCAAGAGGUUUACCUACAAGUUCAACUUUAGCAAGCUCAUUGUAGCCGACUGUCCUCCAUGGAAAGUGUGGACACCCUCCACCCCUUGCCUGCUGUUGAGGCCCCCUGCCCUUUGUCAGACAGCCUUGGUGCCUGUGGCUGAGCAGAGUGAGCCCCCGAGUAGCAUGCUGUGCACACGGGCCACAGGAACUCAGCCAGCUCGAGAGAGAACCCCACGGCAGCCACCAGAGGCCUCUGGGCCCAGGUUGGCAGAGCCCUUGCUGCUGUUUCUGGAACCACCAAGGUGA